GCAACCACCUCAAAUAUCCAUUCACACACCAAGUCGAAUUCCGGAAAAUCAACCUUCUACAGCCGCGUGGACCUCAACACUUGCGCUAUGAAUCGGCCUGGUCCAAACGGUCAAUCACUACGCAACAUAUCAUCCAAUAUGUUUCAAAACCAACAGAAUACCGGACGCGCCGGCCCUCUGGCCGGUAAUAGACUACAGAACGGAAAGAUGGGAACUGGCUCGCAAUGGGCAUUCGGCGGACCUAUGGGUGGUGCUCCCGGUUUGUCCAAUGCACCAUCCCGUGCAAACGGCAGCGGUCUGUCAAGCUUCGCGCAGACAAUUGGUGGCUCACAAUCUCAUACCCCUCUCAAUCUUGAAGAGUUCCCCUCCCUAUCUGGAGCCCCCCAAGCCCAACAGAACACCUCCGCACAACAGAUGUGGUCUUCGAAUCCUUCGUUACGGACCGCCCAGCAUUCGACGAUACAACGGCCACAAGGUCAAGGUGCUCAGCAGGGGCAGGGUGGUCAGUCCGGAAAUCAGCAGAUGCAGAAUCAAGGGCAUGACGACGGAGGUGCUUCUACCCCAAGCCAAUUCACCACCGGAGGAGAUGACUACAGGUUCGGAGGUCAGGCAGGCGUUGGCCAACUCUCAGGUGGAGCUCAACCUCAAACGGGCAGCAUCGAUGAGUUCCCACCAUUGGGCGGAAGCGGAGCGGAUGCUGGGCCGGAUCGGAGGACAGGCAUGAUUCAGAAUGCCGCGGCAUAUGGAGCGAAUAUCAAUGCGACAGGUUUCCCUGGUCUCGGACAAACACGAAAUGGUAUUUCAAGUCCUACAGAAGGCCAGCAGAAUUCUGCGCUAGGUGGUAGAGGCCUGUAUCCUAACAAUGCAUCACGGACACCCUUCGAGGACAUGCGAGGUACACCUACGGGCUUGCCUGACGGCAAUCAACGGAGUGGGCAACCGCUGGUCGGACAGAGGCCACAGCAAGACCAAUUCGAUCCGAGCUUCAGCUCUGACACUUUCGGUUCACCCAAUGCGCAUCAAAUACCACAACAACCGAAGAAACUGUCAGAGAUGACAGAAACUGAGCGGUAUGGCUUGCCUGGACUUUUGUCCAUGAUACCGUUGGAGAGCCCUGACCAUUCGUCUCUCGCCGUCGGUCAAGAUCUCACAGUACUGGGACUUGACUUGAGCCGUCCGGACAACUCGCCGCUGCACCCCACCUUUGGCUCACCCUUCGUGGAUACCAACGCCAAGCCCGUGAUACCGCCUGACUUCAAACUCCCUGCGGCAUAUACGGUGACAAACGUGCCUCCUCUCCACACCAAAGUUCAAAGCUUCUCGGCGGAAACGCUUCUUGUCAUCUUCUACCAAUUUCCUCGGGAUAUCAUGCAGGAGGUAGCUGCAAGUGAGCUGUAUAACCGCGAUUGGCGGUGGCAUAUCAAGCUUCAGCAGUGGAUGAUGAAGGAUCCCGAUCUACCGGCACCUACGCGACUAUCACCCAAGCUUGAGCAUGGCUGGUACCUUUUCUUUGACGUCACUAACUGGCGUAGGGAGCGUAGAGAGUUCGACCUCGACUAUGAUCAUCUCGACCAGCGACAUGGCCCGGUGAUGACAGGACAGUUUAUCGACAUCAUGUCUUCGCUCGAGACGGACGCUUCCUACAGCCGACGCACCCUCGUGGCUUUGUCUGAAGCUGUGCGCGAGAUGACUCCUCUGGGCGCGAAGAGGAUUCCUGCUGCUCCAGAUCGCUUCAAUAUGCUGGUAUGUUAUCCAGGCUACUUUGAGACAGCGCGUUCCUACAACAACAACAAUUGUCGCAUCUGCGACCUUCCUGGCCAUCACUCUACCAAUGUCAAGAAUGCCGCCGCAUGCCACACUGCCAUUAUUUCACUCCUCGGUUUCUGGGAGGAACAGGCUCAAAACAUCAAGUUCCUAUACUCCACGUCUAACCGCUUCUACGAUGCCGUGCAGAAAAUGACUGUGACCUACGAUAUGCGCCUUGACAGCCUCACACAGGUCGGGGGCAGCAUGGAAGAAGUCAUUGCCGAUCGAAUGACGAGGAACUAUCUCAAAUUCCAGGCUUGGUUUGCCCGGGUCCAGGCAAAGCUCAACGCCAUUCUUGACAUGGAGGGCCUCGAUGGCAAACGCUAUGAAGAGAUUAGUGCGUUGUUGAACCGGCGUUUGCUCAAGGGAGAAUCUCUGUCCAGCCUGUUCACCAAGAGUAUCGAGCACAAACCAGUGGCCUAG